GAACAAAAAACGCAGGGGCCAGCCAACGGCAGAGAAAACCCUCUUCCUCCUCGUCGCCACACGCACUCUUUCUCUCCCUCGAUCGAUCCAUCUCAAGCGGCGGCGGCGGCGGCGAGGACGGGCUCGAGUCCCCGUCUGCAGCGCGUAACGGUGAAGGCUCUGCUUGCACGUCGCCGGCGCGGUCCAUCUGGGAGACAGCACCCUCUUCUCUCUCCGCUCCGUCGCGCAGAUCGGACCCAUCAAUGGCCCACAAUCGCCAGAUGGGGUAUGCAACGGAGUGCAGCUCUGAUGAGUCAUCAGAACUAAGUGAAACAGACAUUGAUGACUAUGCUGAGAAGUCGUACUUGGACCUGAAGUCUGGCAAGCUUGUGGCAAGGCUGGCCAGUGACAGGUUCAGGUGUCCAUUCUGUCCAGGAAAGAAGAAGCAGGACUACCGUUACAAUGAGCUGCUUCAGCAUGCUGUUGGGGUGGGAGCAUCCAACCGUGCUGCAAAGGUUAAGGCAAAUCACCAGGCUCUGGCCAAACUCCUCAAAGAGGACCAUGCUGAUGCAGCAGCCACAUUGGCACCACGACAGGCUCUUGCACUGAGUAACCCUCCAAAGCCAGUGAAAGAUCAGGAAGUGUUUGUUUGGCCGUGGAUGGGUAUCCUCACAAAUGUUCCGGUCGAACAAACACAGGGGGGUGGAGCCAUACUGUUGAAGCAGUUAGCUGAUUUCAAACCCUUGAGAUAUACUGCUGUAUAUGGUUCAAAUGGGUAUACUGGUUAUGGGAUUGUCCUCUUCACCAAGGACUGGAUUGGGCUCAAGAAUGCCUUAGCAUUCCAGAACUUUUUCACGUCACAACGCUUGGGUAAAAUGGACUGGAAGGAGACAAAGCGGCAUGGAAAGUAUGUGUUUGGAUGGCUGGCGAAAGAGGAGGAUUACAAAUCAGAUGAUCCAGUUGGUGUGUUCUUAUCAGCAAAUGGUGAUCUGAAAACAGUUUCUGAUCUGGAACAGGAGAUGUCCAGCAAAACUGACAAUCUCAUAGCUAAUUUGGCACAACAGAUUACUGCUAAAAGCAAGUAUCUGCAGGAGCUAGAGUGCAAAUGUAAUCAAAUGAAUCUCGCCCUUCAAAGAGCCAUGGAAGAAACGGACUUGCUGCACAUGCGUUAUAAUGAAGAGAUGCGUAAUAUGGAGUCUGCCACCCGAGAACAUACACAGAGAGUUUUUCAAGAGACUGAUAAGCUGAGAAAACAGUUGGUUCAGAAAGAGAGUUACAUCCAAAGGAGAUCCAGGCAACUAAAUGAAUUAGUUGCUCAAACCGACAUGGAAAGAAGAAAACUGGAGGAAGAGCGGAAAAAGAAUGCUGACGAAAAUGGUUCCCUCAACAUGGCUCGAAUUGAGCAACAAAAAGCUGAUGAAUGUGCACUAAAGCUCCUUGAGAAACACAAGAAAGAGAAAGAGGCUGCUUUCAACAAAAUGCUGCAGUUAGAAAGGCAGGUGGAUGAAAAGCAAAAGCUGGAGCUAGAUAUUGAACAACUUAAAGGCAAACUGGAGGUGGUGAAACACAUGGAGGGAGAGGGUGUUGAUGUGAAGAAACGGUCCGAGGAGCUGACAGCAAAACUGAAUGAAAGAAUCGAGGAGAUGGAAGACCUGGAAGAUCUCAAUCAAACUCUUGUUAUUAAAGAAAGGAUGACUAAUGAUGAGAUUCAAGAUGCGAAGAAAGAGCUGAUUGCGGGUUUGUCGGACUUACUAGGUCCUCGUAGCAACAUUAGAAUCAAGAGGAUGGGUGAACUGGAUGAGAAGCCCUUUCUGCUAGCUUGCAAGCAAAGGUAUGGAGACCAUGCUGAAAUGGAAGCAGUUAAACUUUGCUCGUUGUGGCAAGAGCACCUGAAGGACCCAAAUUGGCAUCCUUUCAAGAUAGUGACCACAGGCCCAACGGCAGAGCAAGUCAUUAAUGACAAGGAUGAGAAACUGGUGAGCUUGAAGGAGCAGCUCGGUGAAGACGUCUACAAGGCUGUGACUACAGCAUUGCUGGAGAUCAAUGAGUACAACGCUAGCGGCAGCUAUGUGGUAUCUGAACUCUGGAACAACAAAGAGAACCGGAAGGCAGACAUAACCGAAGUAAUACAGCAUGUCCUGAAGCAAUGGAAGGCACAGAAGCGUCGAAGAUAGAUAUACAUCUCGCUGGAAAAACUAAGCAGGUUUUUUGGAGCUAGCUAUCAAGCAUCACCGGCCAGUCCAGACGCUGCUUCUACUGAAGAUGAUCAUUCUGCAGCUGUGUUCAGCUAUAUUUACCGUUCCUUUUUUUUUGUCGAAAAAAGUAUAUUGGAGAAUAUCCUAGAGUAGUCAUUCUCUUUUUGAGUCUUGGGUAACUGUAACCUUGCCUGGUGCUCCCAUCACUCUGUCUGUGACAUGGCUGUGGUAGUCUGGUAGAGUAUGGACCUGUCUCCCAAUAUGCGAUGUGUCAGACAUACACUGGUGUCACCAUAUGUUGUCACCUGAUGAUAUUGAACAGAUAUUUGAUGA